AUGAGGGAUUUCGAUUCUUUUAUAAGGGAUUGUGAGUUGAUUGAUCUUCCUUUGAGUAAUGCACGGUUCACUUGGUCUAACCUUCAGGAAAAUCGGGUGUGUUGCAGAUUGGACAGGUUCGAGAAUAUGUGGUUGGAACAUCGAUCUUUUAAGGAGUUCUUUAAGGGUUGGUGGGAAAAUGGUAGAGUCCAUGGGUGGGAGGGCUUUAAGUUUAUGCGAAAGUUGAGAGGAGUCAAGGAUAAUUUAAAAGUUUGGAAACGAGAAGUUUUUGGGGAUAUAGGUGCGGUGAAAGCGGGUUUAAUUCGGGAUAUUGAGGAAUUAGAUGUGAAGGAGGCCGGAGAGGGUUUAUCUGGAGCGUUAAGGGAUAGGCGGUCAAUGCUCAAAGUGAAGCUGGAAGAGAUUGUUUUUAGAGAGCAGAUUUUAUGGGGUCAAAGAGCUAAGUUAAAAUGGGCUAGAGUGGGAGAUACCAAUUCCAGAUUUUAUCAUAGAGUUGCAUCGAGAAAGAGAAAGAAGAGUUUUAUAAAAAACUUGGUAGUGGAUCAGAAUGAGGUUGUGUGUAAGGAGGAGCUUAUUGUCAAGGAGAUUUUUAAUUUUUAUUCAAAUUUAUAUUUUGACGGGGGUGUGGAUCGUCCAGGGAUUAUUGGAAUUAACUGGGCUCCAGUGGAGGUAAUGACGGCUGAUUGGCUUGAAAGGCCUUUUGAGGAGGAUGAAAUAAGACAGGCUGUAUUUGAGUGUGAGCGAGAUAAGGCUCCAGGUCCGGAUGGUUUUUCAAUGGCUGUAUUCAAGAUUGUUGGGAUAUUGAGACUUAGAGUUGUCCUUGGGGAAACUAUUUCUUUGGCACAAGGUGCGUUCGUGCAGGGUCGGCAGAUAUUGGAUGUAGUUUUAGUGGCUAAUGAGGUUGUGGAGGAGUAUAGGGGGCUACGUAAUGAUGGUGUUGUAUUCAAGGUAGACUUCGAGAAGGCAUAUGAUCAUGUUGAUUGGGGCUUUGUGGAUUUUGUUUUAGAAAGGAAGGAGUUUGGAGUUAGGUGGAGAAAGUGGAUUUGGGGGUGCUUGUCGUCAUGUAAUAUGUCGGUCAUUGUGAACGGUAAAGCUAGGGAUUCUUUUCUAGCAUCUAGGGGUCUAAGACAGGGCGAUCCUUUAUCACCAUUUUUGUUUAUUUUGGUUACUGAUGUGCUGGGUAGGAUUAUUGAUUUAGCUAAGGAUAAGGGUGUCAUUGAGGGGUUUGUGGUGGGAAGGGAUAGGAUUGAAGUUACUCAUUUACAAUUUGCGGAUGAUACUAUAUUCUUUUCAUCAAAGGAGGAAAAUAAAGUGGGGUGUUUACUACAGGUUCUGAGAAUUUUUGAAAUUGUGUCGGGCCUUAAGGUCAAUCUUAGCAAGAGCAGUGUUGUGGGUAUUAAUUUGAAUGAUAGUUAUGUGCGUAGGGUAGCGGAUAUGUUGGGCUGUUCUAUUGAGUCCUUUCCUAUCAAAUACUUAGGGCUCCCAUUAGGUGGAGAUCCUAGAUUGGCGCCCUUUUGGGAACCUGUUCUUGUCAAAAUUGGGAAAUGUUUGGAGGGUUGGAAGCGAGCUUUGUUGUCUAAAGGGGGGAGAUAUAUUUUGGUACAAUCCGUAUUAGGAUCUGUUCCUAUCUAUUUCUUAUCCAUUUUCAAAAUCCCGAUUAGCAUUGCGAGGAAAAUUGAGAAAUUGAUGAGAGACUUUCUUUGGGAAGGGUGUGGAGAGGGCACAGGGUUUCAUUUGGUUAGAUGGGAUACGGUUUCUCUUCCUAAGGAAAAGGGUGGAUUAGCUAUUGGAAAUAUCGUUGCUAGGAAUAUUGCUCUUUUGGGCAAGUGGUUGUGGAGAUUUUCGAUUGAAAGUGAUUCGCUAUGGUGUUCAGUUAUUAAAAGCAAGUAUGGAGUUCAACCCAAUGGUAGAGAUUCUAAUGUGGUUACUAGAGGUGUCUUUUCAUAUAAAUCUUUAUUUGAUAAGCUCAUUGAUAAUCCUUCUAUUUCCUUGUUUCUUUAUCAUAAGAAAAUUUGGAAAGUGGAUGUCCCUCAUAAAGUGAAGUUUUUCAUGUGGUCUUUGACUCAAAAGGGUGUAACAACUAAUGAUAUUUUCCAAAGGAGAAGGCCUAAUUACUCUCUUUGUCCUCAAUGGUGUGUGAUGUACAAGAGGAACUUGGAGGAAGCGGAUCAUCUAUUUCUUCAUUGCCGAUGGCUCGUGUAUUAUGGCAGCGGUUAUUCAGCUUAUGUGAUGAGCAGUGGGUUGCUCCGCGGGACUGUAUUCAGAUGCUUCUUAUUCGGUUUAUAG